AAACACGGAAUUCAUUUUUUUAUUUACAUGCAUUUUAAUGUGGCAACCCGAAAUAUCCGCACGUUCCUAGCGGCAGCGUGUGACGUCGUGCGGGCGUGACUUAAGUUGCGGCUCACAUCUGUGAAAGUUUGCGACUUUUACGCGAUAGAAAAUGUCAUCGUGUAUCUGCUGCCGUAGAGACGGCUUUGAAGAGAAGAGGCGGGCUUUCUCGUGGAUUUCUCGUUUGCACGAGUCGACGGUUAAGUGAAGGUCGACGCGUUCGCGGGGUUGUAUUCGCUUUGAUUAACGGUACGCGGGGCUACAUGCUCGCGCUGGCCGAACUUCGGCGCGCCGCUUCGGCUGUGAAGCUCGCCCCACGAUGAACUGCGCGAGGUUCCCCGAGUACUCGCUGCUGGACCUCUUCUUCACGCUCUUCGGCGUGUGCACCUUCCUGUUUGACGUGGGCUCGGACCUGUGGGUGGCCAAGGAGCUGUACGUGCUCGGGGAGUUCGCGUGGUUCGGGGUUUUGCUGGGCUUCAUGCUCGUCUCGUCGGCCGUCGUGCAGCUCUUCAGCUGGUUUUGGCUGCGGUAUGAUCGCGAUUUGAAGGACUUUGAAACUCAGGCGUCCGACGGGAACCUGGUUCUGUUCAGCGGAACGAAAAGAAUUAAAUUAUUGCUUUUCCUGCAUGUGUGUCAGCUGGGCUUCUUGGUCAGGCACGUAUCAGCUAUCUGGCAGGGUUUUCGUGUGUGGUGGCGUAAAGGCUGUGGCUCGGAGUAUGCCGUUUAUCUGACCCAUGACCUCAGCAUGCUGCGACUCAUUGAGACGUUCUGUGAGAGCGCACCGCAGCUCACCCUCAUGAUAUACAUCAUGCUGCGCAGCAAUCACGCAAGACUGGUCCAGUAUGUGAGUGUGGGCGCCUCCACUACCUCUAUAGCCUGGAUGGUGGUGGAUUAUCAUCGGUCGCUUCGUUCGUUUCUGCCCGAUAAGGACAAGCAAGGUUGGUUAUCAUCUGUGGUGUAUUUUUUCUGGAACCUCUUUCUGAUUGGUCCACGUGUGGCUUCGAUUGCCCUCUUUGCCUCCGUGUUGCCCUGCUUCAUCGCUGCUCACUUCCUGCUCCUGUGGCACGUCUUCGUGAUAUGGGCCUGGAGGCAGGGCACGGACUUCAUGGACAGCCCAGCGGGGGAACGGCUCUACCGGGCCACCGUAGGGCUCAUCUGGUACUUCAGCUGGUUUAACGUGGCUGAAGGAGACACCAGAGACAGGAGUCUGAUCUACCACGUGUUUAUAAUCACAGACACCGGCAUCCUGUUGAGCACAUGGUGGCUGUACCGCGAUGCAGAGAUGACUCAGUCGUAUGCCUUCAGUCUGAUAAUCUCCAUCCCGCUUUGUUAUGUCUUGGGACUGUUGAUAAAAGUUCUGUAUUAUUGCUGUUUUCACCCCAAACUGUGGCGGAGGCCAGGUUUGGGAAAAGCUUCAUUUGAUGUAACGGAUGGAGUGGAGCUGCCUGUAGAUGUUCAGACUGAUGGUGCUUCUCUUCAGAUCUUUAACAAGAGGAUGGGCCAACAUGCUGCCAACUUCUACACAACAAACACUUUAUCUGCAGUUAAAACAACUCAUCUAUCAGUACUGUAAAAGUCAAUGGUAUUUAGCUUGUUAGAUUGUUACAGAUAUGCUGUUAUUUGUAAAUUCUUUUAGUGUUGUUAGAAAUAAUGUUACCGUUAAUUAAUA